AUGUGGCAACUGUUUGGAUUACUGCUGCUUGGCAGCUCUUUUGUGCAUGGCCAGAACAGCAGCAGCAACGGGCUAGCCAAAACACUGGACGCUGAGGAUCAGGACGAUGUACCCAUUGGCAGUGACAAGGAGCUAUCGGAUUUGGUCAUUACCACAGCGCUGGGCAAAAUCCGAGGCACCAUUCUACCCUCGCAGGCGGGUCGCAACUUUUAUGCAUUUCGGGGCAUCCCGUAUGCUAAGGCGCCCGUGGAGAAUCUGCGAUUCAAGCCGCCGGAGCCGAUUGAGCAAUGGUUCGACAUCUUCGAUGCUACGUUCGAUGGACCCAAGUGCCCCCAGCCGGGUCUGUUCAGUGAGGAUGUGAGCGAAGAUUGCCUCCGGCUGAAUAUCUACACGCGGGAGUUGCCCAGCGAAUCGCAGCCGAAUCCCAGGAAGCCCGUCAUUGUGUUCAUCCAUCCUGGUGGCUUUUACUCGCUCUCCGGUCAGAGCAAGAACUUUGCGGGACCACAGUAUUUUAUGGAUCGCAAUCUGGUGUUGGUCACCUUCAAUUAUCGCCUGGGCACGCUGGGCUUUCUGGCCACGGGCACAGAGCAGGCCGCUGGCAACAUGGGACUCAAGGAUCAGGUGCAGCUGCUGCGCUGGGUUAAGCUGCACAUCUCACGCUUUGGCGGCGAUCCAAAUGCGAUCACAUUGCUCGGCUAUGGAGCCGGUGCCAUGGCUGUAACACUGCACAUGGUGUCGCCCAUGUCGCAGGGUCUGUUCCAACGGGCCAUUGUGAUGAGUGGCUCCGCAACGGGACAGUGGUCGCUGCCACAGCAUCAAAUCGAUGUGGCCAAGAAGCAAGCGGCGCUGCUGCACUGCAGCUCGGACGAUAUGAAUGAGAUGCUAAACUGCCUACGUGGGAAACACUAUCUGGAAUAUGCAAAUUCGUUGCCUCGCAUGUUUGACUUUGGACGCAACAAUCCGCUGAUAUUGUGGAAACCCGUGGUGGAGCCGGACUUUGGGCAGGAGCGCUUCCUCAUCGAGGAUCCCGUCAAAAGCUAUCAGAAUGGUAAUUUCAUGAAGAUACCCAUCAUAACGGGAAUGACUAAGGAUGAGUUUGUGGGCCCAGCUAUUUCUAUUCUGCAAAGCCCCUCACUGCUUAGCGCCUUCAAUGACAACUUUGAGUCACUGGCUCCGGUCUGUUUCCUGUACAAUGCCAGUAGUCCACGUGCCCAGAAUAUUAGCCGGGAGUUGCGCCAACAUUACUUUGGCUCGCUGCCCUUGGAUGCGAAUAGCUCGCUGCCAUCCUUGGCCACUUUGUAUUCGGAUGCCUUGACUGGUUUUGGCAUACAUCGAUUUGUGCAUCUGGCGGCGCGUUCAACGAAGGUGUACUACUAUCGUUUUGCCUAUCAGGGUGGACGCAGCCACAUCCACUAUCCGGAGGAUGCACCCUUUGGCGUUGUCCAUCACGAUGAUCUAAUGUAUCUGUUUGUGGAGCCCUCAAUUAGUCGCAUGUUUACUGAGGACGAUGACGAGUUUCGCAUGGUUGAAAUUAUGACACGCAUGUUCUCAGCCUUUGUCUACAAGGGAGAUCCCAACAAACCCAGCGAUGAGAAACUAAGCAACAUUCGUUGGCGUCCCUUUAGUUUCAAGAAGCGCUUCUAUCUGGAUAUUGGUGAUGAGCUUGUCUUACAGGAGGGCCUCAACUCGGCACGCUACGAGGUCUGGAAGCGUUUGUUUCCCCUCAACUGGCGACGUCAGACCAAGGAGCGUUGGCUCAGCGAUUACAUCUAA